AUGUCCGGCGCGCUCAAAGCUGGAGGUACCGGUCGGAUGCUGAACACCGCCAAAUCCUUCGGCAUCAGUGAGUUCUUUGCCGGUGAGUGCGACUCUGCCCUCUCUGAUAAUGACAUGAUGGAGCGGCUCCGAUCUGCAAAAUUCGACAUCGUCGUCGGCGACAUCUUGUACCCUUGCUUCAUCCUGAUCGCGCAGAAGUUAAACCUCCGCUACGUGAACGUCAUGAACGGCAUCAUCAUGCCGAUGGCACACAGCCGGCUGGCGGGCAUUCCCAGCAAUCCGGCCUACAUACCUGGAGCUCUGACGAAGUUCACGGACGAUAUGAGCGUCUUGCAGCGCUGCCUGAACGUCUUCGCAUAUGGCCUAAACGCCUUCCUGUACGACAACUUCUUUCUUAGGCUUAUAUGUUCGAUCGUCUCAAAACAAAGUACGGAAUUCGACUGGAGAUGA